AUGGGACCUGUUGAGGAACUGAACUCAGGAAACCAAACCAUCACUACUCACUUCUUACUUUUGGGCUUUGCCUUCCAUGGCAAGAUGCAACUUCUGUUUUUCAUGGUGAUUUCCAUCAUGUUCAUGGCCACCUUGCUAGGGAACUCUCUGAUUGUUGUGAUCACAACCAUUGACCCUGCCCUACACACGCCCAUGUACUACUUCCUGAAGAACCUUGCCUUGACAGAGAUCUGCUACAGCCUGAGCAUCGUCCCCAAGAUGCUUAUGAUUCUGCUGGUGGAGAGAAAAAGUAUUUCCUUCAUGGCUUGUGCCUUGCAGCUCAACUGUGUUAUCAUUUUUAUCACCUGUGAGUGUUUCCUCUUAGGUGUGAUGGCUUAUGACCGGCAAGUGGCAAUCUGCCAACCUCUGCACUAUGCCACCCUGAUGAGCAGAGCUCGCUGCUUCAGGAUGGCUCUUGGCUCCUGGCUCUCUGCUGUCCCUGCAGCUCUGGCCUUCACCACGUGGCUGUUCACCCUGCCCUUCUGUGGGAGGAACACAGUAGAUCACUUCUUUUGUGAUGUGUCUCCUGUGCUGAAGUUGGUGUGUGCAGACACAGCUUUGUUUGAACUGCUCAUCUUCAUUGCUAUUGUCAUAAUAGUGAUGAUCCCCUUUGCCCUGAUAACUGCCUCAUACCUUCGCAUUGUCCAUGUUAUUCUUCAGACACCCCUGGCUGUGAACCAGAGAAGAGCCUUUUCCACCUGUGCAGCUCACCUGGUGGUAGUGAGUCUUUUCUACAGCACAGCUGGCAUCAUUCACCUGCGGCCCAAGUCCAGCCUCUCCUCCAACACAAAGAAAAUCAUCUCCCUGUCUUACACAGUUGUCACCCCCAUGCUCAACCCCAUCAUUUACAGCCUGAGGAAUCAGGAAGUCAAGCAAAGCCUGAAGAGAUGCACUGACAAGUGGCUACUUAGGAAGCAGAUGUUUGGUUUCUCUCCAUCCGGGUGA